AGAAGAAAAUUUCAAACCAAUCAAGAUGGAAUGUUGUAAGAGAAUUGGAGUUGAAGGUGGCAAACUUCAGCUAGAUUCCUUUGGGAUUGAACUUGUGAUUCCUCCCGGUGCAAUUGGCAGCGAAGCGCCGCAGGACAUUUCUCUUCGUGUCCUGACAGAUAUUCCUAAUCUUGGCAACAACAAAGAAGAGAUGUCAGUCUGCUUUGGUGUACAGUGUUUAGCCCCUGAUUACUUGGUCCUCAAGUUACCGGUGACGUACACAAUACCUCACUGUGCUGUGAUUACACGAUACUCCAGUGUGGAGGCAGUCUUGUACACGGGAGAGGGAGAAUACUCCCCCGACGCAGAAGUAAAGGAACAAAUUCCAUUAACACAGUCUGGAAUACCCAACUGCAACAUCGAGAAAGAUAUACUUACAUUGCAGAUGAAUCACUUCUCUUGGGCGUUCAUCCGAUUCAAGUUGAAGAAUGCCUUCUUUAAAGGGAAGCACAUGCAUUGCCUGCCAUUUGCUGAAAAGCAACUACCAGAGGAAAGAACUUCUGUCCUCUUACGUGCACAUCUCUAUGAUGGCAUGAAAGGGAGCAAGGAGUUGGUAUCCCAGGAAGAAGACAUAGUAGGUUUUGUUCGUAUUCAUCCUGUGGCAGAGGUUCUUAUCAAUAAGGCUGAAGUGGACGUCAUGAUGUCUUGUUUCAUAGACGGUGAUUCAAUUGGAGAUGCCACUAUCAAGUAUGACGAACUAUGGAGAGGACACCAUAGGAUGAAGUCGUUUGUAUUGGACCUGACAAGCCAGCCAGAUGAAAGAAUAAUAGUGACCCUGCAAGUAGGACAGACAGGACAAUCACUGGAAGAACUGCGUUGUAUAUUCAAGUUUACAACUCCUUGUAGAUCCACUAGUCUCCGAACUCUUUGCCCAGAACAACUGCAGGGUUCAUCAAGUUCACAGACACAGCAGACAUCACAUCAAAGUACAGAUGAAACUCCGGAGAACAUUUCAGGUAGAAAGGAAGACUUUGACGAAAAACUGGCCACUGUUGCUCGAAAAAUUGGAAGGCGUGAUGAGAUAGAUAAUCUCGGGAAGGCUCUCGGCUUCGAUCCAGAAGAUAUCCAACGUUAUGUCGACACAAACAUGAAGACUUCAGAAGUAUCAUUCAUGGGUACACUAUCAAUGCUUCGAAAGUGGAGAAAGAAGCAAACCAAGGCAACAGAGUGUGAAGCCCUGAAGCGUGCUCUAAAAGAGGCUGGUCAAAUUCGUCUCGCUGAUGAGCUAUUUGGUACUUCAUGAGAUGCGAAUUGUAUGCUUCGCUCUUGAGGACUACAUUGGUCCAACGAUAUAUAUAUUGCUUUUUGAGUUGUGUAGCUUAUAGUAGGAGACCAGCCUGUAGGUCCCGUGACCAAAUUCUGGGAACAAAGGUUUGAAAGUGUUUUUUGUGUUCCCUGAUGAAUACAAAAUUUAGUAAAUCACAGGGUCACGAUGGAAUUAGUGCUUUCCUUCUUAAACACGUCAUACACUUGAUCGCUUGUCCGUCUCAUUGUACAUUUGUAUAUGUCUAUUCCUGCCUUGAUAGGAUAGCACAUCGAAUUUAAAUAUAUCUUCCUUUUACUAGACACUGUUUAUAAAGAUCCAUUUUGUACAUGUAUAUCUAAUUUUAGUUUACUGUAUGUUAGGCAAAUUCUUUGUAGCUUGUACAAUAAAUUAUGUACAUGAAUUCAAAUGUUUGUUAAUCCUAUUGCUAUUGAAAUGAUAUUUUGUUUUGAAUAACUUUUUAAGCAUGUAAUAUAUUUUUGAUUGUUUUGAAAGAAUUGUCAACACAGCGUUAUUUUGCUUACAUUUUGUUUUCUUCCAAAAUAAAUAUAAAUAAAUGUACUACAAAUUGCUGCACUUUGAAGUGAAGUCAUCAGCAAUUGCAUUGGCUUCAAAG